AUGGCACUGCGAACGGUUUCAGGAAAGAUACUGGCGACGUCCUUGGUUGCUGCGGUGACGGUGGGCGGAACAUACGGCUUCAUGGUGCAAAGACGAGUAAGAUUGGUCGAUCGAGGGCAAAUCACACGUUUCGAAACGAUACCCGAGUCCUUUGGGAAGUCGAGGUCGGUCAGUGAGAUUGUCAAUGCUGGAAACCAUGCUCGCGUGUCCGACUCGCGCUUCAUCGCUCUUGACAUCCCCUCUCAGCACCACGAUGUUUCUGACGAGGCUUUGCUGGCAAAGUUUGUCAAGGGAUACUUUGGAGGAGCCGUUAUAGGGCCUGAGAGGAGGACGCUUCAGACCCUCGGUCGUAACCUCGUCCAUUUCACAAAAGCUGCACCCGUGGCGAGAACCGACAUUUGGUCAUUAAAGGACCUCUCUGAUACGAAACUUCCCUCGCUCAACACUGUUUUAUUCGGCGUAUUUCAGACUCUAGACUCGCAUCUGGCCACGCAACAACUCAGGGAUGGAACGGAUCGCACUGAAAGCUACGUCGACUUUGGCUUUGGCAGCGACAAGUUUUGGUUCGGUGGCGUGCAUAGGUUCGCAGUCGUGAGAUCAAGGGACGAGGAGGGGAAGGAAGCGGUGCAGGUUCACUAUCAUUCCAUGUCCUGCAAUCCGUCUGUGAAUAAACCCCUGAGGCCGUGGUGGAUGUUUGAGUUUCACAAGGCGUAUGCGGAUUUGCUGUUCAGGGAUGGCGUUUCUGAGAUUAAAAGAUGGAUGGGAUCAGCGUGA